AUGUAUUUCACUUACCUUUUGCUUUGUCACUUGAGAUUAAAUCAUCUCAUUCUUUUCACAGACUAUUGUCCAAAAUACACUUCACCUGAAGCAUGCCAACAGGCAACAACAUCGGAUAUAACUUGUUUUUGGUGUGAUAAUGCGAAGCUAUGCAUUGAUAGUACUGACCAGGAUGCUCAUAACAUGAAAGUUACUAAGUGCCAUGUUGAG